GGGUCAUUCUAUGUUUAAAUGUAAACAUAAAAUGUUCUUUGAUCGUUUACGUUAAUAUCAAAAUAUUCACGAAGAGAAAGAUAUUUGUUUUUAUAUUAACUUUAUGUAUACUAUAUUAGAAGCUAUUGUGUUGAUUGAGAAAUACAUAGAAUGAGUCAGUCAAUCGUAAAUUUUGUCCGCUAGAUAGCGGUAUUUUCGAAGGAAUGCCUCUCUCUUCGACGAUAAUAUGUUUCAUAGUCAUUCAAUAACAACACGUCAUUCAGUAUACUUUGUAUGAGAUAUGAUGUCGUAUCGGCGAAUUUUAAAUAUGUGUGUUUUUGCAAUCAACAAAAGUACGACAACGAGCAUUGUGCGUAUCGGAAAUAAUAUUGCCAUGACAAAAAAAGGAAAUGUUGCUUUGUAUCGUACUUUUACGAACGAUUCUUCUAUGAAUUGUCCGACCGUUGGUGAGAUCGUUGAAAAAUGGAGUCACCGGUUUGAGAACGAGGCUGUACCAGAACCCGUUGAAUCCAUCGAACACAUCGUCGCACAUGUCGUAGGUUUAAAAAAGCUCUUAGACGUGACGAAUUUUCGUGAUAAACGACUUACGAAAGAUCAAUUGAACGAAUUAGAAUCACUUUGCCAAUGCAGAUUGUCCAGGAUGCCAGUUCAAUACAUUAUCGGUGAAUGGGAUUUUCGAGAUAUUACCUUGAAAUUAGUUCCACCAAUUUUUAUUCCACGUCCAGAAACAGAGAUAAUAGUUGAUAUUAUUUUAAAAAGACUGAGUUAUUUGCACGAUGACAAUCAUGAAGUCUUGGAAAUCGGUUGUGGUUCUGGCGCGAUAUCGCUAGCUUUGGCACAUUCCUCCAACAAGGUAAAAUGUAUAGCAGUCGAUACUAAUCCACAUGCUUGCGAUUUAACGAAAGAAAAUUGUAGUAAGCUUGGAUUGCAAGAAAGAGUAACUGUCAUACAAGCGACAUUGGAAGAAGAUGGUACAUUAAAAUCUUCUGAAAGUAUAAAUUUUGAAACUAAAAGUUUCGAUUUUAUAGUUAGCAAUCCGCCAUACGUACCAACAAAGGAUAUAUUAAAAUUGGAGCCAGAAAUUAAAAUUUAUGAAGAUUUAAGAGCUUUAGACGGUGGAGAAGAUGGAUUGAAAAUCAUCAGACCUCUUAUACAAUACAGCGCCAAGGCAUUGAAACCAGGAGGUCAUCUCAUUGUCGAAGUGGAUCCAGCACAUCCCGAGUAUAUAAGUUUUUUCGUAAAAAAAUACGACACUUUAAAACUGCGUUACGAACAUACCUACAAAGACUUCUGCAAUAACGAUCGAUUCGUCGAAGUAUCUAAAAUGGCGUAAAGUAUUUGUUUAAACAAGUAUGAUACUUUAUAAUAAUAUAUUGACUCGUAAUUUUCGAUCAAAAAAAAAAAAAAAAAAAAAAAAAAAGAUAGAAGUAUAAAAACGUAUUAUAGAAUAUAUUCUUAAAUAUGAUUCUUAAUAAUGUCGAAAGUUGUUAGGUAUCGCGUUAAAAUAAAAUCGAUCAAGUUUUAUUUACUCUCAUUAAUCAAAUUUGUGUAUAUUUUAAUUGUCGAACGUAUUCCAUCACGACAGUGCUUUCGUCGCUGUCGGUCGUCAAUUGAUAAUUACUUACAAUAAUGUGCCUACAAGAUCGAGUCAUGGUAUUUACAAUGAUACAUGUUCAAGACUGAUCAAAACAAAAUCAGAUUUAUAUAAAUUAAUGAAAGCUAAUGAAUAAUCUUAUGUGUGUAUGUACGUUUUCCUUUCUUUUCUUUUCUUUUUUUUUUCAAUACUGACACAAAUACGUAUAUACGCUAUGAUUUGAAAUUAUUAUCAAUAUCGAUAAAUUUAGAAAUUAGCUAGUAAUCUCACGAAGUAAAAACGGUGUCCCGUAAAAUUCAACUGUUUCGUUAAUAAUUAAUUAUCGCGGAGAGAACUUUUCCAGUUCUUUCUUAAUACUGCUGAUUAAAGGUACAGCUGGAUCCUCUGGUGAGAGUUGAGAAUCAGCUAGGAUACGUCUGGUAUCCACUUCUGGUAGAUUAGGUUUGUGAAACGGACCGGCACUGAGUGGUCUGGAACCCCAAGUACCACGUGUAUGACUCGACUGGCCAGUUUCAGGAAUGUCUUCUGCCAGAUUUCUUCUUGACGAUACGGACGUGCGAGGUCGAAUAUUUAAUUCUGCUGGCGACGUUGACGUCGGACUAAAAAUAAUAAUAAAAUUUUAAGAAGUAAAAAAAAUAGUGUAAGAUAGAAAUGAAAUUAAAAAAUUUUUUUCUUACGCUUAAAUAUAUAAACAUGUAAUGUGUGUGUUAAAGUA